UGUUUUCUCGAAACAUCGUAUUCCAGGACGGCGUUCAAGCUUUGCGCAUUCAGCCAUGACGUUUGACAACAAAGCAGCGGCAUUCAUUCCAAUUCUGGAUUGCUGCUCAAGUGGGCUGGUCUUCAAACUCAGUCGUCCCACCAAUCGUGAAGCAAUCCAAACAUCAUACAUAUCGUACCUGUGAUUAAAAAAACUAAGUCUCGAAAUAAUGUUAAAUUGUUGUGUUCCUUGAACACAACUCAUUUAUAAUACUGAACUCGUGCAUAUAUGCUUAGCACAGCAAGUGUCCACACUGACCUACAUUCAACGAAAUGGAUAAACGAAAGUCAGAUCGAAAAAAGCGAGACGCUUCUAUACCGGAGCCGGAUAGUUCCGGUACCGAGAAGGAUGGUAGCAAUCAGGUGAAUCAAGUGGUUCAACGAGUCGAGGAGCUCAACUGCUUCUUCGAUUUGCGUACAAAACGUGGACAGAUAUUGUUCUUCACGGUGACCAUACUGGCCGCUACACUUACGCAGUGUCUUCCAAAGGAUGCGCUUUCAACUAUAUUCCAGAUGAAGGAUGCUCAAAGCGGUUCGCAGCAAUCAAAGGUGCAAUGCGAACCCGAAGUGAAAGUUGUGGAAAAAUUGGUAUCCCACAGAGUGGAUACCAGGCCAAAGUAUUGGAUUUACGGACGUAAUCCCGAUGGUGAUCAUUUACUUCAUGUGAAGAAUGUUCUCCAGCGUUUUGGAAUGGAACAAGUGGGUAACGAUACGGAAGACUGGGAUUUAUUGUGGGCACAUGACUAUCCGUUCAGAAAGGUGAAUUUGUUUCACUUGAAACCACAUCAACUGGUCAAUCACUUUCCUGGAUCAGGAUAUAUAACGAACAAAGUUGAUCUAUCAACAACGGAGAUGAAGUACAUUCCCAAAGCUUUUAAAUUGCCAAACGAAGAAGAUGAAUUUAGAAAGUAUGCUCAACAGAAUCCAAGCACGCGUUUUGUGCAAAAGAACAAUCAACAUCGACACAUCGAAAUAAAAACGAUCGAAGAAAUCGAUUUUGGAAGCAACGACACGUUCAUUCAGGAGUUUAUCGACGAUCCUCUCCUGGUGGACGGGUACAAGUUUGACAUUGGAGUAUACACGGUCAUAACCUCGAUUGAUCCGCUUCGAGUCUACAUCUAUAAAGGAGACAUCCUGUUCCGCUACUGUCCUGUCAAGUAUUACCCGUUCGAUCCGAAGAACCUGGACAAAUACAUAGUAGGGGAUGACUAUCUCCCGACUUGGGAAGUCCCCGUUUUGAAACCGUACUAUACGAGACAAGGCUUUGGAAUGAAGGAAUCAUUCGAUGCGUACAUUCGAAGCACUGGAAGGGAUCCGUCGAAUAUCUGGGAGCAAGUAGAGGAUGCCAUCAGAUUGGCAAUCCUCAAAAAAGAACAUCUCCUCGCAGGAAUUUUGCCACGGUACGCAAGUAAACGGAACUUUUUCGAAAUGAUGCGAUUCGAUUUGGUUGUAGAUAAGAAUCUGCGCGUAUUUCUCAUGGAAGCUAACAUGAGUCCGAACCUGUCGUCAGCUCACUUUAAGCCCAACCGUCUGCUCUACGAGCAGGUGAUCUACAACUUCCUACGAAUGGUCGGAGUGGGAUCAGACCUCAGCAGAGAAUCGUUCAGGAAGCGUUCCCCCGAUGUGGAAGCCAUGGUAUCAUCCCUCAAGAAUAUCGUGGUAGAGGCGAACCAUUGUUCGGAAGCGCCAUGCGCAGAAUCGUGCGCCCCUGCGGAAUGUUCGCUUUGUGUUAGCUGUUUAAGCGGGGCAGAUCUAAAGGAACUGCAUGCAGCGUACAGGGAACAUUUGAAUCGGGGCGACAUGAAACGUAUAUUUCCAGUGCCAAAAGCAGACCAGCGGAUAUUCGAGCAACAUUCGUUGGAUCUGAGUGUUAGGAAUCGAUGGAUGAAUAAUUGGUUCGACGCAAAAUGCGAGAUGGAUCGAUCGUAUUGUUUUUAGGAGGCAUUCCAUUUUCAGGUUUUAAACGGAUUUCAAGUCCAUUCACGUACUUAUACUAGGAUAAGAUGUUUUAAGUUAUUUUAUUAGAUGACAUGGAAGGAUACUGAUACCGUUAAGCAGAAAUAACAACAACGAAAAUAAACAUAUCAUGGGAUAUCGUAA